UUCCAGCAUGGUGACCUCCUUGGGCUGUAAAUACAACCGGAGUUUAGGGGAAAUGAAGACCAACGAAUCGUUAGUUGUCACACUGUGAAUGAAGUGAGUGAACUUCAAGCCAGGAUUUAAUUUGAGUCGAUUAUUUACCAGUUUUUCAUGUUAUAUUUAUAACUACAGCUGUCAUUUGCCUUUAUUUUUUAUUCAUCUGCUUUUAAUUCAAUGGAUGGGAUGUCAGGAUGGACUUUUAAUUUGAGCUCACGUACUAUGUGUAUAAUCUGAAGUAAUGGCUGUGCAAAUGCCCUCUGCUGGACUCCAGCUCAUGCACCGACUGCUGAGGAUUAGCACAUCCGGUCAAAGAGGUCUCCGCAGCAGGGACGCGCUCCGUGAAUGCAGGAGGGUGACGAGAACCUUUUCAACCUUUCCCGUGAAAUGUAACGAGAGCAAGGGAGACAGCUCGGACCCGUCGCCCCCGAGCGUCCGGCUCCCCUCCAGACGGAUGCGAUCCCUGUCCCCCCUGGAGAGGAUCAGCAGCCUGCUGCCCCGGGACGCCCUGAGCCCCGAGGUGCUGCAGCUGAGGGAGCGCGACCAGCAGGACCCGGAACUAGACGCGAACAUCCGGGUGUCGGACACGCAAGAGGAGGAUCACGGGGCAACCCCUGUAGAGGAGGAUGACCCCGAGACCCCGCGCGCAUCGGACGCGGAGACGAGCGUGUCGCCCACUCUCCCCGGGGAGAGCCCGCUCGCGUUCGGGGAGCUGCUCGUCGCCGAGUACCGCAAGAAGGCCCGGGUGGAGUUCAGGAAGAUGUUCGAGCUUCAGACGGGGGCACGCCUGCAGAGCAGCUGGGGGGUGGUCCCGCACGACGACGUGGCCGGGCGGCCUGCCGGCCGCUUCGUGAAGACGAGCAGGGGCGUUCGCAUCCUCGUGCGCCGGGCCAGUCUGGAGGAUUACACGCUGUACAUGAAGAGGGGCCCGGCAAUCGCCUACCCUAAGGAUGCAAGUGCAAUGCUCAUGAUGAUGGACGUCACAGAGGGAGACCGUGUGUUGGAGUCGGGGUCCGGGUCCGGAGCCAUGUCUCUGUUCCUGUCCAGAGCAGUCGGCUGUAAGGGUAGCGUGCUGAGCGUGGAGGUGAGGGAGGACCACCACAGGAGGGCAGUGCUCAACUACAACCGCUGGAGGGCGUCGUGGAGCGUGCGGCGAGGCGAGGAGUGGCCCGACAACGUCCAGUUUCACAUCGGCGACCUUGACGAGGCCUCGCCGCUCCUCGCCGCUCGGGGAUUCCACGCGGUGGCUCUCGACCUGAUCAACCCUCACCUGGUUCUGCCCGCCGUGGUUCCGCAUCUGCACCUCGGGGCUGUGUGUGCCGUCUACCUCGCCAACAUAACGCAGGUCAUCGACCUGCUGGAGGGGCUGAGAUGUCUGGCGCUGCCUCUGCUGUGCGAACGCAUCGUCGAGGUCCCGAUCCGAGACUGGGUGGUGGCUCCGGCCCUCCAGAAAGACGGGAGGUACUGCGUCAGGAAAGAUCCCGUCCUGGACCAAGACCAGAGGGAGGAGGCCGACAGAGAGAUGAGCGCGGAGGAACACCCAGCCUUCGGGAGUAUUCCCUACAUCGCCAGACCUCAUCCCGAACAGAUGAGCCACACAGCGUUCCUGGUGAAACUGAGGAAGUGUGUGCGGUAGCUCGUCUGCCCCGGAAGGAACCCUGGGACAUAACUUUUAUUGUAAAUUAUUUGAUGAAUAAAUGGUCAAUGUUCACUGUGGUGUUUUUUGAUGCAUAUUUUAAGAGUAUCAUCUUGUAAAUGCCAAGUCAAAAAUCUAGACAAUAACUUUAGUGAAACUGUCUCUUUACAUAGGGAUCCAUAUGGUAAUAUUUACAGUAAUUGCCAGCGAUUUAAUAGCCCUGUAUGUGCAGAACAAAGGGAGACACGUGGGUGUGUCCGCUCCGUUCCUGUGAGGAAACUUGAGUGAAGUGCAAAGAAAGAACAGGCUCUCAAAAAGACACAUUUUAGCUCAAGCCUUUAUUCAAAACUCAAGAGGCAGUGUUGGAUCAUGAAACAGGCACAUCGGCAACAGCGCUAAAAAACCCCGAUCCCAGCAUGUGACAGACUACGUUAACUUUGAUUCAUCCAGCUUGUCAUUUCAUUUUCACAUAAAUAAGUGGUGAAAAAAAAGUGCU